UAUGGCAAAUUGGCAAUGUAGAUCACUGUUUACUCCGAGUGUGGUGAACCCUUCUUUCUCUGUGUCAGGUGCUGUUCUUUGUAGGGCUUAAAUGCCCCAUUCCUCAUGGAUUAUGGUCCUUGAAACUUGAUUGGGUUUCUUUGUGAUUAGAUGUAAAUCCCAAACCAGAGACAUACACCCAAAUUGGAUUCACAAAGCCGAAGCUUGUUAAGAGUCAUUCAAUAAUGGAUCCAAUGCGACAAGAAUUUAUAUUUCGAAGAAUAAGGGUUUGCUUGAAUAUAAUCAAAAGUACACGGGUUUAUUUAAGAAAAAUAUGAAAAUAUAGACUUUUUUUCUCUAGUAUUUUAGCAAGAAAGAAAACCAAAAUAGCGGUAGCUUUCGUGUUUGUCACUGUUUGUAAGUCAUUUGUAAGAGAAAGAAAUCAAGAGAGUUUGGUUUGGUUUGAAGGUUGAGGAGGAUCCUUCCCUUUGCCUUUAGCCUUUGGCUUUUACAUCCCUGUUCUCUCUUCCCUUUUCUUCUUCGUCAACGCCUCCAACAAGCUCCAACUAUCAAUUUUUUUUUAUUACUGCAUAAUUUUUCUUCAUCUGUUUUUAUUUGGAACAUAAAUCUGAUCACAGAGGAUCUCAUGGCCACCACUGGAAACAAGAACAUCAAUGCUAAAUUAGUUCUACUUGGGGAUGUUGGAGCUGGAAAGUCUAGUCUUGUGUUACGCUUUGUUAAAGGGCAAUUUGUUGAAUUUCAGGAAUCAACCAUAGGUGCAGCUUUUUUCUCCCAGACAUUGGCUGUGAAUGAUGCGACUGUAAAGUUUGAAAUUUGGGAUACAGCUGGUCAAGAGAGGUACCAUAGCUUGGCACCAAUGUACUACAGAGGAGCUGCAGCUGCGAUCAUUGUGUAUGAUAUAACAAAUCAAGCAUCAUUUGAGAGAGCCAAAAAAUGGGUCCAAGAACUUCAAGCACAAGGCAAUCCUAAUAUGGUAAUGGCACUUGCUGGGAACAAAGCUGAUGUUCUAGAUGCAAGGAAGGUUGCAGCAGAGGAAGCACAAACUUAUGCUCAGGAGAAUGGUCUUUUCUUCAUGGAAACUUCUGCAAAGACUGCAUCCAAUGUCAAUGACAUUUUCUAUGAAAUAGCUAAAAGAUUACCUCGAGUGCAGCCAGCACAAAAUUCUGCUGGAAUGGUUCUCGUGGAUAGACCUGCAGAGCGGACAGCUAAUGCAUCUUGUUGCUCUUAGGCGUCAAUUGUUGUUUCCCUGUCUGUAUCUUCUAAGUAGCUCUUGUAAUGCACUCUGCAAUCGAAAUUUUAUCUUUCCUUA